AUGAUCUCUUUGUACGUAAAUAAAGGUUAUUCAUACAAUCGACCAGUUCUUUCUUUUGAUUCAACGUGGCAUCCAAAUGGAACAACAGUUCUCAAUGAAACUCUUAUUGGAUUCAAUCCUUCAGAUAUGUUUAUCAAUCAAAAUAAUACAAUCUUUGUUCCAAAUCAACAAAGUGGAGAUAUUCUUGUUUUUCUGCGAGGAAACUUCAGUUUAAUGCAAAAUAUCUCUGUUAAUUUGAUCAAUUCAUCGAGUUUAUUCGUGACAAAAGAAGAAAAGAUUUAUAUUGAUACAUUUUAUUCAUCAAGUCGAAGUGUUGUAAGUGAAAUCGAAUCAAAUUCCAGUGAUUUGCGGUCAAUUCCGCGAAUGAAUAUAUGUCAACAAUGUUUUGACAUUUUCAUCAGUGAAAAUCAAACUCUUUAUUGUUCGUUAUCGGACCAGCAUCAAGUCAUUGCAAAAUCCUUACUUAGUCAAUGGGAUUAUCUGUUAACUAUUGCAGGAACAGGAACUGCGGGAUCCGUAUCCACAACGCUUCGAAAUCCCAAAGGAAUCUUUCUUGACGAGGCCAAUUCAACUUUAUUUGUUGCGGAUUGUGGAAACAAUCGAGUCUUAUCGUUUCGAUUGGGUACACUUCUUGGAAAACCAGUUCUUACAAAUCAAACAUAUAAUUUGAAUUGUCCAACUGGACUUGCAUUAGAUAGUCGAGGUUAUUUAUUCGUAGUUGAUUCGAAUAAUCAUCGGAUUAUUGGGCAAAGUUCAGCUGGUUUUCGUUGUAUAGUUGGUUGUGACCUAUCGAAUUCCAAUCAAUUAAAUUAUCCAUCGAGUCUUAGUUUUGAUUCGUUUGGAAAUCUUUUCGUUGUGGAUCGAGACAGUCAUCGAAUUCAAAAAUUUGAUUUGAUCAUCUAUUCAGGACAAUGGAAAACGACAGGAAAUAUGACUUAUAAACGCAUGUAUCACGCGGCAUCGAUCUUAUCGGAUGGAAACGUGCUAGUCGCUGGUGGAUGGGGUAGCAGUGGUUAUUUGCAGAGCGCUGAAGUGUAUGAUUCAUCAACGGGCAUGUGGACAACAGUUGGAAAUAUGAAUGUUGCACGAUCUCAACAUACGGCAUCUGUCUUAUUAAAUGGCAAAGUAUUAGCUGCGGGUGGAUCCAAUGGCAGUGUUGAAUUAAAGAGUGCUGAAUUAUAUAAUCCGGCAACAAGUACUUGGUCUAUGAUUGGAAAUAUGAAUACUGCGCGGGCUCAACAUGCAGCGUCGAUCUUAUCAAGUGGAAAAGUAUUAGUCACUGGUGGUUUGAAAGGUAAUAGUUAUCUCGACGAUGCUGAAGUGUACGAUUCAUCGACUGGUGCUUGGACAGUAACUGGAAAUAUGAAUAUUUCACGAUCUCAACAUACAGCAUCUGUCUUAUUAAAUGGCAAAGUAUUAGUUGCGGGUGGAUCCAAUGGCAGCAGUCAAUUCAAAAGUGCUGAAUUAUAUAAUCCGGCAACAAGUACUUGGUCCAUCGUUGGAAAUAUGAAUACUGCACGGGCUCAACAUACAGCGUCGAUCCUAACAGACGGAACGAUACUAAUUGCAGGUGGAUGCUGUCCUAUUCUCAAGAGUGCUGAAUUGUAUAAUAUAUCAACAAAUACUUGGACAAUAACCGNGAGCGUAGCGGAUAGAAUAACGAAGAUUCGUUCGUUUUUGUUGACAGUAAGAAAGUUAAUGCAUUCGUCACCAGUAGUGAAUGUGGCUAAAGUGCUAUUAGUCCAUCGUAGCUGUGUCGUAAAAUUUAAAUAA